GAGGAGCAAAGGUGAAGAUCUGUGGAGCCAUUCAGUAUGUCAAUCUCUUCGGCGUCGCCAUUGGUUACACCAUUGCAGCUUCUAUCAGUAUGGCGGCGAUAAAGAAGUCGAACUGUUUACAUGCAAAUAAAGGAAAGGGCGAUAAAUGCCACAUGUCAACCAACAUGUAUAUGAUGAUAUUUGGGAUUACAGAGAUACUUUUCUCUCAGAUUCCGGACUUCGAUCAGGUCUGGUGGCUCUCCAUAGUUGCAGCAGUGAUGUCCUUCACUUACUCCACUGUUGGGCUUAGCUUAGGAAUUGCUCAAGUUGCAGAGAAUAAAGGUUUCCGAGGUAGUCCCUUAGGUAUCAGCAUAGGAGCAAUAACCAAAGCUGGAACUGUGACCCCAACUCAAAAGGUGUGGAGGAAUCUGCAAGCUCUCGGGGACAUUGCCUUUGCCUACUCAUACUCUAUCAUCCUCAUUGAAAUCCAGGAUACAAUAAAAUCACCUCCGGCCGAGAACAAGACCAUGAAGAAAGCUACGCUACUGAGCAUAGCGAUUACCACCUUGUUCUACCUGCUAUGUGGUUGUAUGGGCUAUGGAGCCUUUGGAGAUGUUGAAACACCUGGUAACCUCCUCACCGGCUUUGGAUUCUACAACCCUUAUUGGCUCCUUGACAUUGCAAAUCUCGCUAUUGUCAUCCAUCUUGUUGGUGCCUAUCAGGUUUACUGCCAGCCUCUCUUCGCUUUCAUAGAGAAAUGGGCUUCAAAAAGAUGGCCAAAUAAUGAGUUCAUCACCCACGAAUAUGAGGCAACGAUUCCUUUACUAAGCUUCAAGCUGAAGCUCAAUCUCUUCCGACUAAUUUGGAGAACAGUCUUUGUAAAUUCAACUACAGUUAUCUCUAUGUUGAUGCCUUUCUUCAACGACGUUGUCGGCAUUUUGGGAGCUUUUGGCUUCUGGCCUUUGACUGUUUACUUUCCAGUCGAAAUGUACAUUGCACAGAAGAAGAUCAGAAGAUGGACAGGUAGAUGGGUGGGACUUCAGGUGCUCAGCUUGUCGUGUCUUGUCGUGUCACUUGCUGCUGCUUGUGGCUCGGUUGCUGGUGUUAUACUUGAUCUUAAGAACUACCAUCCCUUCAAAUCUACUUAUUAGCUUUAAAUAAUAGUAAUUAUGAUGAUAAUGAAUAUGAUCAUGAUAAUAAUCCUCUUGCUUAGUCAUGCUUAUUACGCGCGCAGGGGUGAAAGGAAUAAAUGUAUGAUUAACUGGUUUUGAGGUCUUUUGUGCUAAUUUCCUCUCUCCUUUUUGUAGAUCAAUAAGAUGUUUUGAUUUCAUUCAA